UCGUUCUUAUCCUUUAAGCUUCUGACAAUAUAACAACUCAUCUUUCCACAUCCUUGUCUGAAAAAAGGCUCUCUUUGAUAUGUCCGUGCAUGUACGGAUCUAAGAUUUAAAACUUCUUUAGUGCAUUUAUGUUAUUUUAGUUAGAUUUUGAGACUAAGGAAUGAAUGUGUCGCUGCAACUUCAGUCAUUGAUUGUUUUGUCUUUGAUGAUUUGGGGUUAUAUUGAUCAUUUUGUGGGGUUGAAAAAAGAACAAAUAAUGGUGAUCGGUAAAUUUAAGUUUUUUCCUUUCGAGGAAAGGGAGAAAUCGGAGGAUUAUUGUGUCGGUGUAUUUGAUGAAGAAGAAAUGGAGGAACAUAGUGAAAAGUCACCACCAGCUGAGGAUGAUCACUGCCCUAUAUGUUUUGGGGACUUCACAAUUCCUUGCAGGACAAAUUGUGGACACUGGUUUUGUGCAACUUGCAUAUUGCAGCUAUGGAAUUAUAGAUUAACAUUACAGCGGUGCAAAUGCCCCAUAUGCUGUCGUCCCAUCAGUAAGCUGGUUCCCGAGGAUUCUUUAGUUGUACAACAGGAAGAGGAUACUGUUGAACUCCUUAAGGACAUUCGCCGAUACAAUCACCUAUAUGUAGGUGGUGCUUAUGGUGUGUUUCUGAAACUAGUUGCAUUGCCACUGCUAAUGCAGAGAAUUCUCAGGUCAUUGAUGAGCAAUCUGAUGGAUCCUGAUCAUGUCAAGUUAAAUUGUUAUGUACUGCGCCUUUUUGCUUUAUUGCUGAGUUGGAUCUACAGCAGCUGGAACUUUGAGUUUAUUCCUACUGGACGUCUGGGAAUAUGGAGACUACUUGACAUUUGUGCUAUGGCCUUUGUGGCCAUUUUCUAUUUGGCUGGCCUAUUCCGUAGAUGGGCACUUAGCCGUCAUGUGAGGCUGUUAGCUGUUUUACAAGCUCAGCCGAGUUAAAAGUCCAUGCUGUGAAUAGAUUUUGCAUUUUGAUAGUCGGAUAAUGAGCUUAUAUACUGCGACAUAGACAUUGCGGAUUCAUGUAGCUGAGCCCAGCUUGUUUGAGAUUGAGACGUAGUAGUAGUUGUUGUUGUAGAGUUUGUAGAGUUGAACAACGAUUAGCUAUUUAGCUUGCUGAAGAUGUUGUAUAGAAGGUCUGUUUUAAAAAGAUGAAAGGAAUUAACUCCUACUGUAUAGGCCAUAGCAGUCACCCUCCGAGCAGGCAGAUUAUAUAGCUUAGAUAUACAGUAAUAAGGAUGUAUGCUUUUGGAAAAAAAAAACAAUCUUCAGCAUAAUGAGUUCCCUCUGCUUCUUCCAUAA